AUGCCCGACAGCUCGAAAGGCCGUUUCAGUGAGAGCUGGCAGAACUACGAGUAUGGCGAAGACGAGCGCAAGGCGCUCGAGGCCACAGAGACGAGAAAAAACGUGGCCAAAGCCAAGGCACUGUUGUCGCGGGCGCUCCACGACUCCCACGUUCCCGAAGCCCUCGAAGCUUUGGAGACGUUGAUGGACUGUGGCCAGAAAGUAGGCGCAGAUGUGCUGAGGCAGGUGUUGAUGUUGGCUGCUCUCGCCGAUGCCGAGCGCUUCGGCAAAGCCGUGAACGCCGCAGUGCGCGGCGGGGUGCGCUUUGACGAGCAGGCAUUUGCGACCCUGAUUGGAACGCUACUCGCCAACGAGGCUCCUUUCGCCAUGGUCCGCUGUGCCAUGAACUUAGGUCUUCCCCAA